GCUGCAUCUAAAUGUAUCGAGUGGAUGGGUGGUGUCGGAUUUACUACAGAAUUUCCAGGUGCAAUUUAUGAGGGAACCUCAAACAUUCAAUUAAUUACAAUUGCUAAAGAAAUUAAAAAAAAAUAUGCAUCAUAA